CAAGUUGGCCGGGCCCUGGGCUGGCUUUAGGGGGCAAAAAUGUCUAUGGCCAGCGAUUUCUACCUGCGCUACUACGUAGGGCACAAGGGCAAGUUUGGACACGAGUUUCUGGAGUUCGAGUUUCGGCCAGACGGAAGCUUAGAUAUGCCAACAACAGCAAUUACAAAAAUGAUGUCAUGAUCAGAAAGGAGGCUUAUGUGCACAAGAGUGUAAUGGAGGAAACUGAAGAGGAUUAUGAUGACAGUGAAAUUACAAAAGAAGAUGAUGCAUUGUGGCCUCCCCCUGACAGAGUUGGCCGACAGGAGCUGGAAAUUGUAAUUGGAGAUGAACACAUUUCUUUUACCACAUCCAAAAUAGGUUCUCUUAUUGAUGUAAAUCAGUCAAAUUCCCUUCUUAUUCUAGAUAUGAGCAAUCAGCAAGUGAUUUAUUCCACCCUGAGAUUUCUUCAGUCUCCUUCAGAGUCACCAAAUAGAUUGAGGCCAGAUGGGAAUCAAAAGUCUGGGAACACUGAUGGCAAAGGGUUUUCAGUGUCCUGGUAUCUCAUUGCAGUAAUUCUUGGGAUCCUGUGUUUACUACUAUUGGCGACAGUUGCUGUGUUGGGGACAAAGAUUUUUCAGUAUACUCAAGAAAACCGUCGGCAGAGGGAAAUGAUAGGAAACCUGACUCGAGAGCACCACAUAUUGCAAAAUGACAGCUACUUAAAGGAGAAACUUUUGACAUAUAAGACUUUAGAAUAUAACAUUCUCAAAAAUGAAUUGCUUCAGCAAAAAAAGAAACAGGAUUUACUCUUUACAAAUAGGACAUGUCAGAGAGAAAAUAAAGGCAAAUUCUAUGGAAAUUGCUGGUCCUGUUAUGGAAUAAAGUGUUAUUAUUUUAUUCCUGAAAGUAAAAACUGGAACAGAUGUAAACAGACUUGCCAAAGUUAUAAUUCAUCCCUUUUGAAGAUAAAUGAUGAAGAUGAACUGGCCUUUAUUCAAUCCCAAAUUUAUAGGAAUAACUACUGGAUUGGAUUAUCAUAUGAUGAUAGAGAACAAAAAUGGAAAUGGAUUAACAUUGGCCCACCUUUUGGGAUUAACUAUACAUUCAUGAAUUCUUCUGGAAGAGGACAAUGUGCAUUUUUAAGCUCAACAAGAACAGCAACUAUUGAGUGCUCUAAGACCUACAAUUGUAUCUGUGAGGAAAGAAUUGAUGAUGUUUUCUCUGCCUAUUUCGAUAGGUACAAGAAGGAAAGGUGCAAUGGAACCUGUCAUUUGUUUGUUUGUUUGUUUCUGUGAUAAUUUGUGAAUACUUACAAACUAAUGUUUUUGCUAGUAAGACUUAAUUUACUGGGGAAACAGAGAUGAGUAGGAAAAGGAAGGAAAUGUUCUUUUGGACUAUGAUUUAAGAGAUUAGAUGCCAUCUGUCUUCUUGAGGGAGAGUGCAUGCUUUUAUCUUUGGAGAGGUUUCCCCUCUCUUUAAUGGCCCUGAGAAAUUCCCUUUCUCUUUCCCUAAACCACCCAUAGAAUCACGUAGACAACUCUGGUAGCCUGUUCUUUUUCUUAUUGAUAGCCUGGGUCUUUUCCUUAUUAAUAGGAUAAAUUGGAUAAAUAAUUUCAGUAGCCUCCAGGUUUGAGAGAUGGCACAAUUAAGAAUUAAAAAAUAGUUAUUUUGCCUCCCUUCCCCCAUCUAGAUAAUCAUCUUGCAUUAAAAUGUUUUUACUUUGCUAUAAUUUCAUUCCUCCUUAAUAGUUGAAACAAUAGUAUAAAAACUCUCAUAUAACCUCUGCACAUAGUUACCAUUGUUAAUAUUUUGUUCUUUCUGUGCUUUACAGUUCUCUCUCCCCUGCUCCCUUGCCGUUCCAUUUGAUAAUUAAUUGUGGAUUUUAUGUCCCUUUGUCUAAAUAUUUUAUAAGAACAAAUACUUUGUCUUGUAUAACCAUGGUGGAAUUAUUAAAAUCAGGAUAUUUAGCAUUGAUAGAGUACUGUGAUUUUUUAAAAAAAUAUUUAAUUUAUUUAUUUGACAGAGACAGAGAUCACAAGCUGGCAGAGAGGCAGAGAGAGAGGGAGAAGAUGUAGGGCUUGAUCCCAGGACCCUGAGAUCAUGACCUGAGCUAAAGGCAGAGGCUUAACCCACUGAGCCGCCCAGGCGCCCCGAGUACUGUUAUUUUGUCUAUAACCCGUAUUCAGAUUUUGUCAACUGUCCUGAUAAUGUGCAGGAUCAUGGGAUACAUUUAGUUGUGAUGUCACUUUCGUCUUUUUUAAUCUCGGAGAAUUCCUCAGGUUCCUUUGUCUUCUUGACCUUGACAUUUUGUUUUGUUUUACUUUAUAAGUACUUAUUUAUUUAUUUAUUUACUUAUUUAGAGAAAG